UUUUUAUGUAAAAAUUACUACUUCAUGUACAACUCUGGGUUAGCUACGCUAAAAAUGCAACACUGCACAUUACAUUCUCUGCGCUAGCCCCUACAACAACAUUCUCUGAUCAGAAAACUACAUCCACUCAUUGGAGAUUCCGCCCACCACCCACUCGUAUGUUGAGAGAUUGGUUGAUUUGCUUCUAGCCACCUGCUGAUUUCAAAAGCUUUUCACAUCACCACUCGCAACUGCAAGAGCCAUUUGGUUACUAGAGAUUCAUUGAUAUUGAACCGAAGAUAUGAGUGGUAGGCGCACUGUGAUAAUUUUUAAAUCUGAAUCGGAGAGUAAUGACCGGUACGCGGAGGAACUGCAUUCUAACGGCUUCAAUCCAAUAUUUGUGCCGACACUCAGUUUCGGGUUCAAGAAUCUGGAUCAAUUGCGGGCCAAACUACAGACACCAGAUCGCUUUGCGGGCAUCAUCUUCACCAGUCCACGGUGCGUCGAAGCCGUUUGCGAGGCAUUGCAAUUCUCGGAAUUGCAUAGCGGUUGGAAGCUGUUACAUAAUUAUGCAGUUGGCGAGGUCACACACAAUUUGGCGCUAUCGUCACUGCAACAGCUCUUCACCCACGGCAAGCAAACAGGUAAUGCACGCAAUCUUGGCGAUUACAUAGUGGACACAUUCGAUGGCUCCCGCGAUUUGCCGCUUCUGCUGCCAUGUGGCAAUCUGCGCACUGAUUUGCUUCUCUCGAAAUUGGUAGAGAAUGGCUUUCAGGUGGACGCUUGUGAGGUGUACGAAACCGUUUGCCAUCCAGCACUGGUCGAGAAUAUGGAACUUGCGUUGAAGGCAGAAAACGUAGAGUACUUCGCUUUCUUCUCGCCAUCGGGUGUCAAUUGCGUCCAUGAAUAUUGCAAGGCGCACAAUGUCAACAUAAACAAUUGGAAAUUGUUGGCAAUCGGUCCGAGUACUCGUUUAGCUAUCGAGGAGCGUGGACUAUCUGUUUUCCAAACGGCCGAACGACCAUCUGUAGAGUAUCUCAUCAAGGUACUGCUGAAUCCCAGUGUGGGCCGGCCAAAACCGACUGGAGAAAUAAAAGUGGAGGAUUAACAAGCGGUUGUAGGAGGAAACUAGACUUUGAUUGAUAGACAUAUUUAAAUUUACUAUUUCCUUUUUAAUACUACAUUGAGGCCUUAUCGAAUAUGCAUACAUAUACGUAACGGUAUAUACAUAGUCAGUCGUUCAUACCUCCUCGUGCGGAAAAUCUAAGUACGUGCAAAUAUAAAUAAAUCAUUUGUCAUCAUUUUGAUUUUCAUCUAUGGGAAUGGAAAUGUAAAAGACCGCCUAUUGUACUCGUAGUAUAUGUACAUAUCGCACAUCGUCUUCAAAAAAGGCACAACUCAAAUAUAAGAUCCCGAAAUAUAACUGGUUGUGAAUCGUACAGAUUCAACGCAAUUAAUACAAAAAAAAAAAAACAGGUAUACCAGUAGUUUUCUAGUUAGAAAUAAUCGUGAAGAAACAAGUAUUUGCAUUAAUUGGAGAUAAAUCCUAUGAAUUCGUUAAUGCAUAAAAACCGGCCUAAUUUUUUCCGAGUUGCGCCUCUUUUGGUAUGUACAUUUCUAAAUAUGUAUGUACAUGUAUAAGUUAUAGGCAUAAUGCCAACUAUGUUAAUGAACUUGCACUUUCGAUAAUAUUCGAAACUUUUAUCUACUUAUGUAUGAACAUACAUGUAUUGCCCCCAAGUUUAGCAAAAAAGGAUAAAAUAAAAUGUUAUAUUUGAUAGCUGCUUUGUUCAA